CCUUCCACAUUCUCCGAGACCAGACAGACACCCAUCAUCAGCAGCCAUCAUGACUCACCAGUACCCAGCACUGACUGCUGAACAGAAGAAGGAGCUGCAGGAGAUUGCUGAGAGGAUAGUAGCUCCAGGAAAAGGCAUUCUCGCAGCCGAUGAAUCCACCGGGAGCAUGGCCAAACGUCUGAACCCCAUCGGGGUUGAGAACACAGAGGAGAACAGGCGUCGCUACCGCCAGCUGCUCUUCACAGCCGACCAGCGCAUGGACAGCUGUAUCGGCGGAGUCAUUUUCUUCCAUGAAACCCUGUACCAGAACACAGACGAUGGCACUUCCUUCGCAAAGCUCAUUAAAGACCGCGGCAUUGUUGUUGGCAUCAAGGUGGACAAAGGUGUUGUGCCCCUCGCUGGAACAAAUGGAGAGACCACCACUCAGGGUCUGGAUGGGCUGUCUGAGCGUUGCGCACAGUACAAGAAGGAUGGUGCAGACUUUGCAAAGUGGCGCUCUGUGCUGAAGAUCAGCGACACCACGCCGUCUGAGCUGGCCAUCAUGGAGAAUGCCAAUGUACUAGCACGUUAUGCUAGCAUCUGCCAGCAGAAUGGCAUUGUUCCUAUUGUGGAGCCUGAGAUCCUUCCUGACGGAGAACAUGACCUGAAGCGUUGCCAGUACGUCACUGAGAAGGUCCUAGCCGCAGUGUACAAGGCUCUGUCAGACCACCAUGUGUACCUGGAAGGAACACUGCUGAAACCCAACAUGGUCACAGCUGGACAUUCCUGCCCCACCAAGUACAACAGCGAGGAAAUCGCCAUGGCUACUGUCACUGCUCUGCGUCGCACUGUGCCCCCUGCUGUCACAGGUGUGACAUUCCUGUCAGGCGGCCAGUCUGAAGAGGAGGCCAGCGUGAACCUUAAUUCCAUUAACAACUGUCCGCUCGCCAAGCCCUGGGCCCUGACUUUCUCCUACGGCCGUGCCCUGCAGGCCUCUGCCCUGAACGCAUGGAAAGGAGAGCUGAAUAACGAGAAGGCCGCCACCGAGGAGUUCCUCAAGCGUGCCGAGGCAAACGGUCAGGCUGCGCUUGGCAAGUACGAGUCUAGCGGAACAGGUGGCGCCACAGGAAAAUCCCUCUACGUGGCAAAUCAUGCCUACUAAACAUCAAACGGCCACAUUCAACUCUGGCCUAGUUAUAGUCUUAUAUCUGCUCUGCUAUUCCCCCUCACUCCUCCAUCAAUCACAGGCCUGCGCUGUCUACUGUACUUUAGAGUUGUCAGUUAUUAAAAUUACAUUAUUAGAUAUGUGUAUUUAAAAACAUAAUGUGAAACUGCAAUACUAAAGGGAGCAGGUUUAUUUUUUUCUAUUUGGUCAAACAAUCAGGCACUGAGACAAUUUAAGACUGAACUGAAACUAUUUAGUUUCAUGUCUAGCUGUCUGUUUAGUCUCUAGAAGCUGCAAAAUGUUAACAGUAAACCAACAUAAUCAGUCAGUAUUUAAUUCACACUCCCUUUCUCUUCCACAUGAUAACUCAAGCCACUCCAGAUCAGCAUGUGUGUGUCAGUGUUUUGCAGUGUUGGCUCAUGCUUCACAUGCUAUCUAAUAUCCUACCUGACAGCGGGACCAACCGAUUAUCAGUGGCAUCAGUACAUCUGUUAAGGGACAAGAUGACAGUGUGAAGGUGUUGAAUUUUUCAAUUUUUGCAUUGAACUCUUUGAGUGACUGUCCAAAAAGGUAUGGAGUGUAUGCUCAUUGUACUUUCAGACAAAUGUAAAACUCCAGCAGAGGUCAGUAGACACACUGUAAUAAUCCACUACACACCAGGAUUCAUCCUAUUGACUCAUCCUAAUCUUUCUGUUCUCACACUUCUAAUCAUCACUAAUCAGAGAAACAUCUUGUGUCUAUUCUCAGUAUAACAUUAGCUUUAAAUUACAUACUUAAUGUAUUCAGUUGUGUGAAGGUGUCGAUAUUGUGUGAUUCUUGUGUGUCAUUCCCCUCCUCUGGUUCCCCCCUGGUCCGCCCCACAGGGGAGAGGAGAUGGUUUCUAUUGACGUUCCUAUCAAGUGGACCAAUACUUGGGGUUAUCUUCGGGGAACCAGUCACUGCUGUGUUGGAAUACUGUGAUGUUUGUGAUGUUAAUAUUGUUCUUGAAGCACUUGGUGUGUCAAAUAGUGGAGAAAAAU